AUGGAUAUCCCUACGACUACAGCUUCAGAAGCACCGCAUGAGUCGGUCUGCAAGACUGAAACUACACCAACAUCAUCAUAUCAUGAAACUGGCCGUACCCGCGCAAACGAAGGCGAAGCUGGCGAAAAGUCCAAUCACACAGCCUCCAAAGACCCGAAGCAAAACGUGCCCCAGAAACAGGCCACGAAGAAAUUCUGCACCUUUGCUGUGAACAAUGGUCUCACUGGCUCACCCGGACUCCCACCAGAGUUACGUUUGAUGGUCUACAAAGCCGCAUUCCCCGAAAUGGGCCCAUCCAUUGUUUACGAAAAACCCGAUGGAUACGCAAAAAACCAACUAGUCUUCAUUGGGCCUUUUCUCACGGAGUACGUACGCCAGGUCCAGUUUUGUUGCAAACCACGUUAUCAUUACCAUCAUGACAGAGAGCACCGAGAUCUACAGCAAUUCUUGUCCAUACUUGCUGCGUCAAAUCUCAUUGGAUCAUUCAGAUACCUCACCAUUCUAGUCCCUUGGAAUCGAAUAAUGGCCGUGUACAAACCCCGUCCGAAACUUGACGCCAUUCAUAUUGCUUAUAUUCUUACCAUCUUAUAUCGCUAUAAGCUAAAGUGCGAACUGACAUUCUACCAUUAUAAUACACGGAUCCUCAGGCGGUUACUCGAUCAUAUAGUGGAGAUAGGCCAAACGAAUCCUUUACGCACUGGAAUUGGCAACAGCGAUCAAGGCUCCAGAUCAAAUUUUGCUGAUUUCUUGAUGGCAAGUUGGGAUUUUGCUAGUCAAGACAAAGUAUUAGAUAAAUUGAGCAGGCGUUUGACAAGAGAAGUUAAAAGAACGCAGACGGCGAAAGCAGAAAAUAAAUACGAUGUACUAAAGUAUCCUAUCGACUUUAGCAAGUGA